ACCGGAAGCCAGAAGAAGAAAAUCGUACAAAAAAAGCGAGAAGGGAAUUAAACCCCAGAGGCAGAGAGCAGAAGGCCAAAACCCUCAGAAGCAGGAAAGUGCCGUCUCACCCCUUCAAAUCUCUCCUGGUUUGCAGUUUUGCAUUUGAUCACCAAAAAUCGACUGGGAUAAUGAAGAAGGAAAUGCUGAAAUCGCCGCCCAUCACAGCUUUCACACCCGACGGCGACUAUCUGGCUAUCUUGUCCCCCAACGAAACUGUCAAGAUUUGGAGUGCUCGUGAUGGAAGUUUACUGGCAGAGUGGAAGGAUUCUGAGGGAAAAACCGAUGUGGGUUAUUCCUGUUUGGCCUGCUGUUUUGUGCGGAAAAAGCAUCAAAAGAAAAAGAGUUCUUGUGUAAUUGCUAUCGGUACCGAUAAUGGGGAUGUGUUGGCUGUAAAUGCUUCAAGUGGUGAGACGAAGUGGGUAUCUGCAGGUUGCCAUAUUGGUGGAGUUAUUGGCCUUUCUUUUGCGAACAAAGGCCGUAGACUGCGGACGGUUGGAAGUAAUGGAAUGGCAUCUGAGAUGGACACUGAAACAGGAAACAUUAUCAAGGAGUUCAAAGCUUCGAAAAAAUCAAUCUCUUCUUCAGCCUUUUCACCUGAUGAGAAGUACUUAGCUGUUGCUGGCAAAAAGUUGAGGAUUUUAAGCACAGAUAACGGGGAUGAGCUUAUGGUGCACUCUGAUAAAUUGGGUCCUGUGAAGCUUGUUUCUAUAUCUGAUGAUGCCAAAGCAAUAAUUACAUCAGAAUUUGGAGCCAAACAUCUUCAAGUGUGGUGGUGUGACAUGAGUGCAAGAAAACUUAGUAGAGGUCCUGUUCUUUCCAUGAAACAUCCUCCAUUUGUUUCUGAGUGCAAAAAUAUUAGCAAUGAAGAAGAUAGCAUAGUUGUCUUGUCAGUAUCAGUAUCGGGUGUAGCUUAUGUAUGGAGAUUAAAGAUUCUAUCAGAAGACGAGGUUAGUCCAAAUAAAGUCACUGUUAAAGCUAAUGACGCCCAAUCAGCUGAGGAAAACCAUGGAAGUGCUAAGAAGAAUCGAAUUUCUGUCAUCGCUUCCAGAAUAGAUGGUUCAGGAGACAAUGAAGUGUCAGUUCUUGUUACUCAUGGCUCCAUGGACCAACCGCAGCUUAGUCUUUUUAAUAUUGGUUAUUCCGUGAAGGAAGACCUAAAUACUGCGCAUGAGAAGAAAACCCUCCAACAAAAUGAUGAUUUUUCUGGACAAGGUCCCCAUGAGAUCGAACAAGCAGUUACUACGCCUAAAAGUAAGAAAAGCAAAAAGAAAAGAGCAGCAUCUGAUAUUGAUAGUCUGACAGCUGGAGAUGUCAGCGGUGUUGGCAAUGGAGACGCAUCUGAUGUUUUAUUCAAUGAUGAUAUAAAUGAGCCAACCAUGGGAGAGAAACUUGCAAGUUUGAAUCUGCUAGACCAGGACGAAGAUGAGAGCCAUGAACAAGAAGAACCUUCCGUCCCUGCAAUACCACCAAGUGCAGACUCUGUUCAGGUUUUGCUCAAGCAAGCACUACAUGCUGACGAUCGCGCCCUUUUGCUAGAAUGCUUAUAUACCAAGGAUGAUAAGGUUAUCUCAAAAUCAAUAGCACAAUUGAAUUCAUCUGAUGUUCUUAAGCUUUUGCACUCUCUGAUAUCCAUUAUCCAGUCGAGAGGGGCAAUUCUUGUAUGUGCCCUCCCUUGGCUGAGAGGUUUACUUCUCCAACAUGCAAGUAGAAUAAUGUCCCAAGAAUCUUCUCUGCUCGCCCUGAAUUCUCUAUAUCAGCUCAUUGAGUCUAGAAUUUCAACUUUCCAAUCCGCUGUUCUGCUAUCAAGUAGCUUGGACUUCCUUUACACGGGGGUUCUUGAUGAGGAGGUGGAUGACAAUGAUGCCAUUGUGCCGAUUAUUUACGAGGACGAGGACGACAGCGAUGAUCAGGAAUCGGGAGAUGAAAUGGAAACUGAUGAAGAUGAAGAAGAAGAAGAAAGAGAAGAAGCUUUUGGUGAUCUUAGUGCUGGUGAAGUUGAUGACAUCAGUGAGUGAUAAUAAUGAAGCCACAAAAUCCUUUACGUAGGAUUUCAUUUUUUGACCUUCCCUUUUCAAAAAUGAGCUUGAUCUGUAAUUUUGACAUGAUUAGUCCUAAUUAAUGAGAAUUAUAUAAACCCAUUAUCGAAAUUUCAAAUU